CCUACGCCAAGUUUUCCCACGACUCCUUGUGCCAGACCACGUAAAGAGACCACCAGAUGGGUCUGGACAAAACAGAUUGCAUGCUUCAAUGCACGAGUUGAACUCUUCCAUUCCUUGCGCACUUGGUUCGCACGUACCUUUAUAUUCUGUAGGGGAAGAGAUAGCAUUAAAGUCACCUCCCACCACCCAAUUAUGAUUAGUGUUACUCCUCCCCUGCAAGCUUUGCCAGAGAUGUCUUCGUUCAACCACCGUGUGAGCCCCGUAUACACAAGAGAUGGUAAGGUUGGUGUUGGAGAAGUUUACCAUGGAAAAGUUGCAGUGAGUAACUUGUUCUUCAUCAAUAGAACUAACCAAAUGAAGCAUGCUAGAAUCCCAAAACAUCCAUCUCUUGUUAUUAGCCGAAGAGAGAUAGCUGUUGUAACCCAAUUUGAGACCUCGACGGUGAGGAGUGACAACCCUGAACAGGGUAUGAUCGUUCCUGUCAAUGGGUUGGAAACGGCACUAAAUAAUGUGGCUAACAUGAUGGCCAACAUUAUGGAGCGAUUGGAUAAGGCUCUUCCAGGUCCAUCCGGAACCCGGGACAUCCCUGACGGGCAACCCCGCCAGGUCCUCCGUACUGCAAGUUCUCCUAUCCUCCAAGAGCUCCAUGAUCCGAAGGAGCGAGACGGUCGUAGCGCGAGCCAGGUGCUGGUCCGGUCAUUGAGGAAUCUGGAGGAGGACGAGGUUCAAAGCCAAGCCAGGGUCCCAGCACCAUGGCGCCUGGGGCCGCCGGUGCCGGAAGCUGGUGAAUUCCAAGAUCUGAGGCAGCAGAUCCAGGAGAUGCAGAAGAAGAUAAACAAGGGUCGAGUAUUCACCACCCGUAUGAAUACUCCCUUAGCCUCGGAGAUCUUUGCGGAACCAUAUCCGCAGGGAUUCAAAAUGCCGUUUGUUAAGCGUUAUGAUGGGGAGUCAGACCCCCAGGAACACAUAAACAGUUAUGUCCAAGUAAUGAUCACCGUAGACGCCAGUGACGCACUCAUGUGCCGGUGCUUCUUGCAGACCGUUGAUAGCAAGGUCGCGGAUUGGGUCAACCAUGUCCUUGCCGGAUCAAUCCGGACAUGGGAUGAAUUGGGGCUACGGUUCCUAGAGCAUUUUGCCGGGAACUGCCGUCCCAAGAAGCAUUUCACUCACUUGGCUUCAGUGCGACAGAAGCAUGGAGAAUCCUUGAAGAAUUUCCUUAUCCGAUGGAGGAAAGAGUCCAGGGAGGUUGAGGGAACCGAUGAUAAAUCCAGAUUGGCCAUGUUCACAGCGGCGUUCCAGGAUGGACUCCUUCACACCGAUCUUACUACUCAUCCCCCAGAUACCUUCGAAGAAGCGAUGGUCCGGGCGGGGAGGUAUGUGACCCUGGAAGAAAGAAAGGAGGAGAAGAAAGAGAAGACUCCUAAAGAAGAAGAGAAGACGGGAAAUAAGAAGCCGUUCAAGAAUAAGAAGCAGGGCUUCCUGGAUGGCCCAAAGGGCGCAAGUCCUGGGACCUCGGAGAAGCAUAAAUCUGCCAAUCCAGUCUUCACAUUGCCAGUGGCUGAGGUCAUGGCCCAUGCUGCACAGCAGGGACUCAUGACUUACCUAACCUAUUCUCAAAAGGUUUGUAAUGUGGAAGACACUGGAAAAUGGUGUGCUUACCAUCGCAAGAAUGACCACAACACGGAAGAUUGCUAUACUCUGAAGAAUGAGAUGGCAAGGCUAAUCCGUCGGGGUCAUCUCAAGAAGUUCGUACAAGAUGGUGACACGGGAAAUCCCGGGAAUGCUCAGAAUGGAAAGCGCAGAUAUAAAGAAGUGGCCCAGGCUGAGGCCCGGGAGAAACGCCACAUUGGGCUUGAAGACGAAGAGGAGGAUUCGGAACCCGCACUGCAUCGCCAGAAGAGACACCACGGGUGUAACUUCAUCAUUGGAGGGAAUACUGGCGGGGACUCAGCCACAAGCCGGAAGAAGUGGGCUAACGCGGCGAUGGUCAACAAGGUGCUGGUCCCAGAAGGUAAGAAGCUGAAAACCGAGCCAAUUGUAUUUUCUAAUGCUGAUCUUCCAGAGACAGGGGUCCCCCAUAGGGAUGCCCUAGUGAUUACUAUAGAUAUAAUGGACUUACUGAUCCAUAAAACCCUUGUGGAUACGGGAAGUUCCGUUAAUAUCAUGUAUAUGGAUACGUACAAGGCUCUUGGUUUGACAAGGGAUGAAUUGUCACCCAUCAAGACUCCACUGACCGGGUUCACUGGUGACUCUAUUGAAUCGGAAGGGGUGAUAACCCUCCCGGUUGAGAUAGGGGAUACUAAGGCUACCCGAAAGCUGGACAUGGAGUUUGUCGUGGUAGGGAUAAUCUUCAACACAAAUAUUAUCCUGGGCAGACCCGGAUUGGAAGAUUUGGAGUGUGUCAUCUCACCUCGUCACCUCUCCAUAAAAUUCCCAACCCCCCACGGAGUUGGAAUUGCCAGGGGAUCUCAGAGAGUAUCCCGGGCAUGGUAUUUGAAGGCAACCAAACAGCCGGUCAAGUACGAUACCCAAGUGGGAGAGGUGACUGCGCAGCUCCUGAGGGCUGAGGAAAAACGUCCCAGAGUAGAAGUUGCCAGCGACAUUGAAGAAGUGGAACUGGAGCCAGGCACGCCGGGAAGGUUGGUCAGGAUUGGUAAGGGCCUGGGGGCUGAACUCAGAUCACGAGUGAUUUCAGUCCUUAGAAGGUUCAGGAGGGUUUUUGCAUGGAGUCCAGCUGAUAUGCCAGGGCUGGAUCACAAGAUUGCAGUUCAUCGCCUAAAUGUCCUGCCGGAUGCCAAACCAGUGAAGCAGAAACGAAGGCAUUUGUCGCAGGAAAGAAGAGAUUUCGUAAACAAGGAGGUAGCAACCCUGCAGAGCAUUGGGCAUAUCCGGAAAGUGCAAUACCCAGAUUGGCCGCGCCCAUCGAUCAAGGGGCAAGCACUCGCCGACUUUCAAGUUGAGUGCACCGCCAGAGAAAUGACAAGAGCGCAGGUUGAAACCCGGGUGGAAAAGGACUGGUGGGUAAUGAACAUCGAUGGAUCUUCUGGGUCUCGAUCUUGCGGAGCAGGUAUCGUCUUGAUCACCCCAGAAAAAUUCCGGAUUUAUUACGCUAUCAGAUUUCAGUUCCGCGUAUCCAACAAUGAAGCUGAAUACGAGGCCUUGAUCAACGGAUUGAAGAUUCUUAGUAAGAUGGGAGUGUCCAGGGUUCAGGUUUACAGUGACUUCCGAUUAGUGGUGGGACAAAUCACGGGGGAGUUUGAAGCAAAGGAAGAGAGGAUGAAAAGGUAUCGGGACUUGUCCUUAGAGAUGUUGAGGAGGUUUGAGUUUAAGCUUGAACAUAUACCCCGGGCCCAGAAUGCGGAGGCCGAUGUUCUAUCCAAGCUCAGCGCAGAAUCGCCGGAAUACAUAAGCAAAUUAGCAACCGUUGAAGAGCUAGUAACCCCGAGUCUUAACAGCAGUGAGGUGAUCUGGGUAUCAGCUGAUCCCCUGGAAUGGCUGGACCGGUUAGCCAAAUGCAUUGAGGACGGUGAAGCCCUGGAGGAUCCCCAAGAAGCACGUCUAUUGCGAAUGAGGGCACCUACCUACAAGGUACAGGAUGGAGUCCUCUAUAAGCGGUCUUACAACGGUGUUCUACUCCGUUGCCUUAGGGCAGCAGAAGCAAAGGCACUGAUGGAAGAAAUACAUGAAGGAGUAUGUGCUGCACAUCAGGGUCCUUACUCCAUUUCCAGAAGGGCUAUUAUCCAGGGAUACUUCUGGCCAACGAUGAGGAAGGAUUGCGAAGAGUAUUUACGCAAGUGUCCGACCUGCCAACAAUUCCAGAAUAUACCCGGGAGGCCAGCCACGAAUUACACGCCCAUCAGCUCUGUGAUUCCCUUCUCAGGAUGGGGCACUUGCGGGGAUCACCGGAAGGCAGAUGAUCGACUUCGUCGGAACCAAUAUACGCUGCAGGUUGACGUCCAUACGACUGUUGAGGGGAGGGAGAACCCUGGGAGGAAGGCCUCGUACCAGAGAUCAACCGGGAAGCUCCUGAAUGAGGAUUGCGUCUCUUCUGUGGACGGGAUGUGCCAGGACAGCCGGAAGAAACUUCCGUCCUGGCUGCGUUUGGAAGCAUGCCGGAACCCGGGCAAAUACCCCCAGGUUCCUGUUGGAGAAGUUGAGGGUGAUUCUCCUCCCUGGGUAAGGGAGAAGUCACCGAUUGUUCAGAGGCAAGAGAAGGCCCAGAAGAGAGCUCAGGUGUUGGGGCCCCAAGUGAAGGGAAUGCCAACGAAGAAGAAUCAGAAGAAGAAUCGGAAAUAGUAAGAUCAAUGAAAACAACUCUGUUGG